ACGCAAACAGCACGAGAACGAAGAGAAUUUUUUUUUGUGAUCAAUGGCUGGCUUGGUGAAUUGCACGGCGUGUCUGCGUAGAGCAGUCGCUGCUCCGCUGUGGCAGCGCAGCUUCACGCAGGCAUCAGGCGCCGUCAAGAGAAUCAAGACGAUGAUUCCGGAGCAGCAAGACACAUCUAGCAAAGGCGCAGUCGAUGCUGCCACGGCCACAGAGCUGAUUCGAAACGCAGUGGGAAAUCUGUCGAGCGAGCCGGACGAAAAGCAACUCAAGCAGAUGCAGCGCAAUGUGCGCAAGCAGCUUCAGUACAUGAACGAUCCGUGGAAGAUUGCAAAGGAGGUUGAGCGCAUGCUAGAAAAGGACCGCUACCGUGAAGCUCUCAUGCUGGUCGAGGCAAUCAGUAUCUACGCUGGCUAUGUGGUCUCGUGGAAUCACCUGAUUGAUUACCAGUUCAAGGCCGGCAAGGGCAAAGCUGCAGUGAAGCUCUUCAACGACAUGAAGAAGCGCGGCCAGCACCCCAAUGCCCAGACAUACACCAUCCUCUUCAACGGCUUCGCGCACUCCAACCACCCCAAGCUCGCAGUCGGCGAGGCCUUCAAGCACUACAACCUCCUCCUGCAAGACCGCCGUCUGCAGCCCAACGCAACACACAUGAACGCUCUCCUCUUUGUAUGCUCCAAGGCCGGCGACAUCGACUCCAUGUUCCACGUCAUCAACACUGCCAAUGACAAGGCCCGGUCCCCCAACGCAUUCACAUACACAAUCAUCCUCAACGCUCUACGCCACCACGCUCUAACCGGCGCUGACGACCUCGCACCCGCCCAAAAGACAGCCAACAUCGCCACUGCUGUCGGCCGCGCAAAGGCCAUCUGGUCCGAAGUCAUCUCUGGUUGGACCAACGGCAAGACACAGAUCGACGAGGCCCUCGUCUGCGCCAUGGGCCGCAUCUUGCUCCAGUCGCCCGACAAGAAGGACAAGCUCAGCGUCCUCGAUCUUAUCCAGCAGACCAUGAACAUUCCCAACUUUACCGCAAAGGCCGACAAGGCCGACCUCAUCCGCCGCUUCGAGCCCGUAAAGCGCAAGACCCUCGACGACACAGCCCUGCAGUCCUUUGAGAAGCCGGCUGCCGUCGCCCGCGCCGCCUCUCACAAGGGCCUCUUUGCAACACCCACGCAGAAUACCCUCUCGCUAAUCCUGAAGACCGCCGCCACCCUCAACCUCACCACCGCCGGCCUCUCGUACUGGCACCAUAUUGUCGACACACUCUCCGUCGCCCCCGACACAGAUUGCUACCUCCGCCUGCUCGGCAUGCUCAAGGUCGGCCGCGCCUCGUCCCAAGCCGCCUCCUUCAUGCCCAUCAUCCCCCGCGGAGACCUCAACCCUCGCAUGUACAAGAUUGCCAUGGAGGCCUGCAUUCGCGACAACAUCAAUGACCACGUCGUCCCCAACGCCCGCUCCAUCCUCACAUCUAUGCUCGAACGCCUCCCCACACCAGACAUCCACACUCUCCGCUUAUACCUGCACACUGCGCUCGUUUCACACGCCCGUUUCCGCAACAAGGUCGCCAAGAACACCGAACUCAAAGACGAGGCGAAGCGUGACUACGCACUGCAAAUCACCGCCGCUAUCGACGGCCUCUGGGAGCCAUAUCGCGCCCUGUACAACAAGUACUUCAAAAACUUGCCUUCCACCGCGGCUGUCCCUGGAAAGAUCCUUUACAACGAGCAGCGCGAAGUCAUUGCCCUUGCCCGCGCCAUGUUCUCUGCCUACAACAAGGUUGUCUCCGAAAACAUGCUGUCUGCCGAGGAGCUGGCUCCAUUGAAACCUGUUGGUGCACGCAUCAAUCGUGAGAUCCAGGCUUUCUAUAGCAUCCCUGAUGAGAAUGCCGACGGAGACCUUCCGUCCUUUGAAGCUGGUAGAGGCAAGCGUGGCAAGAACAGUGAGAAAAGCAAGACAACACCCCUCAUCCUCCACCAGGGCGGUGACUUCAUCUGGGACACUGGCAAGGCCACUCUCGAGCCAGAAAACCACAAAGAGCGUGAACACGGUCACCGCCAUGAACAACGAUUUGAAAGCAAUCGAGAGGGUGGCCGUGAAUUCAGACGUUCGGAUGAACACUCGGGUCGCCGCCCCCAUCGUGGAGCACGACGUCAUGAGGAUCGCAUCAACGACAGUGAUAAUCACCGUCCUAAUCGACAACAAGGAGGCCAACGCUUCAAUGACAGACGCCAUCAGCGGGACUCGUAUAGACAACAACAGGAAUAGCGAGAUCAGUCGCUUCAAGUCACACAUUACUCACCACCUCUCAAUGACCUCUUGUACAAUAUCAUCAUGUAGAAUAGCUACCUACGGCUGCACACAGCCAUUGUAUUUAUACAGAAUUACAAUCAAUACCCAUACUCAUCAUCAACUAAACAAAGAACCGUAUUAUCCUGUAACAAUAUUCUCCCGUGCAUUGUGCACGCCCCCUAAAAAGCCCCGUAUGGAUGUGGCGUUCCAUUGCUUCUCUCCCGCCCAAAGGCAUCUGUCAAGCUGCCUUCAUCGCCGCUGGACACCUGCUCUGCUUCUUCAUAUGACGUCCCAGAGCCCUGUCGCUGGCAUAGCUUGUCUAUCAAGCACACUGUAUCGGCAUCAGAAUCGUCCGUUGGUACCUCAGGCAGAUGUUGCAUACGUCGAAACUUGUUCACUAGCUCCGCCACAGAUGGCGCAGACGAUGUUCGAUAGCCCGGGUUUCGCUGCAUCUCGAUCCCCUCAAAGGCUUGUAAGGCGUAAUCUUGAAUCAUAAACUCUCGAUUUCCAAUCCCUUGGAUAUCAUUAGCAUCGUCUAGCCCACCAUCUGCAGCUGGGGAGGAGCAAGACGGAGUAGAACCAGCUAAAGCGCCGGACAUGUAAGCCUCCUCGACUUCCGUUGCCUGAAGAUCCCCGAAAGGGUCAUCAUAGACGCCGUCUGCAGACUCUUCUGAAACCGGUGUGUGAUUUUCAUCCCCUUGAGAGGCUUCAGUAUUCGAGUUUUCUGACACGCCGUCCUCGCCUGUCUGGCAUUUUUCCUUUUUCACUUCGUCGUCGGCUAGAGUGGAACGUGUCGAGUGACUAGAACGGGUCUCACUAUCGGUACUAUGUGUAGCUUUCUGUGAAGACGGCGCUGCUGGGCUAGGGGGGUAGAUUGUAAUUUGGUUUGGGCAAGACAAGGAGGUAUCUGCCAACUCUACAAUAGCAGGUUCCUCUUCCAAACUAUGACCCAUUGCUUCAGUGUCACGGUCGCCAUAAUGACCGAUGUCCGCUCUAGUGAAUGGGUUGGAGGACUGUAUAGUAUCAUUCUGAACUGAUAGCCUUUCUGGAAGAUCGUGCUUCAGGACGUUGUAGGCCGGAUCAAUAGAAAUAGGACGGUAAGUCAUGCGGGCUCCGCGCAAACUUCCAGCAGUAUGCGCUGGAGGUCGGCCUCCUGGUAGGCGAGUUGCGUAUCGAGGAAAUGUUACAUUUCCAGAGAGAGGUGGAGAGCGGGUGUCAAUACGUAAAACUGGUACUUUCUUGGGGGGGACGUUUUCUUUGUAUUUGUCGUUGAUAUCAUCGACAGCCUUUUCCAAGCUGGAUCGGAACGUGGAGGUGCGUACCAGGCCAUCAGCAGGAAGCUCACACAAAACAUCAAGCCUUGGUGGAGGAGUGUGACAAACAGGGGCGACGACAGAUGUCAUGCUGUCUCUGUCACUCCGUGAUGACCUGCGAACUGUGAUGGGGUGACAGAGCUCGUAAUUGUCUUCACUACCAGGGCC